AUGGAAAACGAGCCACCAACCUGUGUCUCAGAUGCCGAGCUCGACAGCCUGGCCGACCUGUGCUUAUGCUUCAACAACAAGAACAACAGAGAAGUCAUCAAGAAAGAACUGGAAGACCGUCUUACCGAAGCCUGCUCCUCGUACGAAUCUUUCCAGAACCUGAAAACCCAGUUUACGGAAUUCCGCAGAAGCCUUUGCAACAAGCUCAGCAUCGAAGACAACUGUUCAGAUCACCAAAUAUCUCGAGAGGUGCAGAAGUCGAUUGACAAUGCCUCCCGCAAGGACCAACAGAUCCGAGAGCUUGAAGCAGACCUCGCAAGCGAAAAGAGCAAGAUGAUGCGCGCCAACUCAGCGAUCGAAGGCCAUCAAAACAAGAAUCGGAUGUUGGAGAACCGUAUUCAAGAGCUUGAAGCCGAAUUGCAGGGCUCUACGACGCAGUCUGAGGAACUACAGGAGAGCUUGCAACUGUCUAAAGCUGAUCUCCAGCAUCGUGAAGCCGAGCUCCAUGAAUUGAAAUCCAAGAUUGCUGAUAGGGAGUCUUCGAAUGUAGAACUCAACCUGUCCAUUGGAAAUUUACAAACACAACUGCGGGACAACGAGGCACUGGAGACAACGCUCCGGCUUGAGUAG